AUGAACACGCACUGGAUUUUCGGUAUAAUGCACCUGAAGGUUUGGCUUCUGAUCCUGUUGGUGGGACCACGCUGGCGCCUGCGGGAUCGCCUCGAGGAGAUCCACGAUGAUAUUCUACAAAAUUGGCCGGCUGUUCGGACCCUGCGCAUUCUUCAGUUCUCGGCUCCCCUCCUGGUUGCUGUUGGUCUCUCCCUCUCUACACCCUUCCUGCUUGCCCACUACCUGGGACCCCUGCUUGGUAAACCUAACUGCCGCUUUAUUACGCUUAACUUACUUCUGUCGAAUGUUGGAUGCCUCAUCUACUAG